AUGUUUCACUUGAUUUGGGCCAAAUUCUGUCUCGAAGGAUUAAAAAUAUUGUUUCGUCUCAUCCAGCAUUCAACCACCACACUGCGGGUCACAACAACGCACUCACCCAUCCACCCACUCACCACGCUGCAGGUGACAACAACGCACUCACCCAUCCACCCACUCACCACGCCGCGGGUCACAACAACGCACUCACCCAUCCACCCGCUCACCACGCUGCAGGUCACAACAACACACUCACCCAUCCACCCACUCACCACGCCGCGGGUCACAACAACGCACUCACCCAUCCACCCACUCACCACGCUGCAGGUCACAACAACUCACUCACCCAUCCACCCACUCACCACGCUGCAGGUCACAACAACACACUCACCCAUCCACCCACUCACCACACUGCAGGUCACAACAACGCACUCACCCAUCCACCCACUCACCACACUGCAGGUCACAACAACUCACUCACCCAUCCACCCACUCACCACGCUGCAGGUCACAACAACGCACUCACCCAUCCACCCACUCACCACACUGCAGGUCACAACAACUCACUCACCCAUCCACCCACUCACCACGCUGCGGGUCACAACAACGCACUCACCCAUCCACCCGCUCACCACGCUGCAGGUCACAACAACACACUCACCCAUCCACCCACUCACCACGCCGCGGGUCACAACAACGCACUCACCCAUCCACCCACUCACCACACUGCAGGUCACAACAACUCACUCACCCAUCCACCCACUCACCACGCUGCGGGUCACAACAACGCACUCACCCAUCCACCCACUCACCACACUGCAGGUCACAACAACACACACCCAUCCACCCACUCACCACGCUGCAGGUCACAACAACUCACUCACCCAUCCACCCACUCACCACACUGAAGGUCAGCUCUCUUCUCACUCCGCUUUUCCCCUCUGCUUCUCUCUGUUGGGAGCGCGACACACCGGUGUGCCACUGCAGGUCACCUUCCUUCCCUCCGUUUUUCCCCCUCGCUCUGCUCCACUGUAA